GUACGUAGAGGUGAAGUAGUGGAGAGCGGUUAAUUCGUAGAGAGGAGCUAGAACACUCUGCUGAUAUUCUUCUUUGUCAAACCCACUCUCUCCUAAAUACCACACCCACCUGCAACAACACCACUACAAACCCAACUGUCUUCUUCACCACUUUCUUCAUCUUCGUCUUCAGCUAAUACGCAAUACCCACAUCCCAAAAAACCAUGCAAAAACCACCCUGAUCACCAGCUUUAUCUGCAAAAUUUUGUACCAGACAUGUUUGACAUCUUCUUCGGCUGGCGAAAAGCUUCAAAAUGCAAGAGGCUGAUCAAGCAGGUUCAAUGCCGCCUCAAGCUUCUGAAGAACAAAAGAUUAACAAUUGUGAGGCAAUUACGUGAGGACUUGGCUUCGCUCAUCAAAGUUGGCAAUGAAGAAACUGCCUUUAACAGGGUCGAACAACUCGUUCAAGACGAGAACAUGAUUGCAUUCUACGAAUUAUUAGAUCAUUUCUGUGAAUUCAUCAUUAAUAACAUGCCUUAUAUCAAAAAACACAAGGACUGUCCUAAUGAUAUCAACGAAGCAAUUUCAAGUCUCAUAUUUGCGUCUGCAAGAUGUGGUGAUUUGCCAGAGCUUUGUGUGAUACGAAAGCUAUUUGGAGAGAGGUAUGGUCAGAGAUUUGCAGCAGCAGCACUUGAAUUGCUGCCUGGGAAUCUUGUGAACCGAGAGAUAAAAGAGAGACUUUGCAUCAAUUCAGUUCAUGCUGAUGUGAAGCUCAGAUUGUUAGAGGAUGUAGCUCGAGAUUCCUGCGUUAAACCAGAGAUUUUGGCACUCGAGUUCCCUUCUGCGCUGCAACAACAGGCAAACCGAAACAGCAGAGAGCGAGUGCUGGAGAGAGACACCCAACCAUGUUUUGAAAAAUUUGAAGGGCACCAAAUUCAAGAAUCAAAUGCCAAAGAGAUGGAAAGAAAAGCUGUUGACAUUGAUUCAUCCGGGACUAUGAAGAACUUUUCGACUGCAAUAGCUCUCCCUCAAAUUCACCAACAUAAUGAUGUUAUCCCUACUUGUAUUGAUUCUUCCACAGCUCAACAAUCUUCACCAGAUAAACUGGACUCACAAAUUCACGAGAAAGGAAGAAGUAGAGAAUUUUCGCAGUAG